AUGUGUUGCAUCACCUCCUCCCCCACCUCAAGGUCCCACCAGACCCCCCCCCACCUCCAGGCCCCACCAGAUCCCCCCCACCUCCAGGCCCCACCAGACCCCCCCCCCACCUCCAGGCCCCACCAGAUCCCCCCACCUCCAGGCCCCACCAGAUCCCCCCCACCUCUAGGCCCCACCAGAUCCCCUCCCACCCACCUCCAGGCCCCACCAGAUCCCCCCCACCUCCAGGCCCCACCAGACCCCCCCCCCCCCCACCUCCAGGCCCCACCAGAUCCCCCCACCUCCAGGCCCCACCAGAUCCCCCCCACCUCUAGGCCCCACCAGAUCCCCCUCCCACCCACCUCCAGGCCCCACCAGAUCCCCCCCACCUCCAGGCCCCACCAGAUCCCCCCCACCUCUAGGCCCCACCAGAUCCCCCCACCUCCAGGCCCCACCAGAUCCCCCCCACCUCUAGGCCCCACCAGAUCCCCUCCCACCCACCUCCAGGCCCCACCAGAUCCUCCCCCGCCUCCAGGCCCCACCAGAUCCUCCCCCGCCUCCAGGCCCCACCAGAUCCCCUCCCACCCACCUCCAGGCCCCACCAGAUCCUCCCCCACCUCCAGGCCCCACCAGAUCCUCCCCCACCUCCAGGCCCCACCAGAUUCUCCCAGCCUGCAAGCCUGCUGCUCGGGAUGGGUGGUGGUGGGUCACGUCUCCUAUUGCAUCCGCACCUCCCUCUGGUUCGCUGCGCUGCCAGCGGUCGACAUCAACGGCCUUCUAGCUGCUAAUUUUGAGUAG